CUUUGUUUGGCCAUUGUUGUCUAUCGGUUGAGCGUCGGCUUUGGGAGCUUUGGGUUCCGCCACGUUUCGCGAUCUCCAACAUUCGCCAAAAUCACAGCCAACCCGCGCCUACCACGUCUACACGCACGUAGCAUGCGGCAAGCCGAGGCUCAUCACUAGCGAUAUGUCUGAGCAGGGCUAUUCCGGGGACGACAUAGCAGAGAGCAAUCAGGGUGGCUCAGACUCCGGCGCCGACGACCAGAGUAAUGUAGGACCUGAGGACGCAGUUGGUGGCGAGCAUGUAGCCCAACCGACGACGACAGGACGGGCAACAUAUACACCAGGAGCAACGACCCUGGCUACAAACGCCCUGCCGAUUGGGGCUGGAGAGGGUGGGGAGGAGAACCUGGAUAUUGAUAGAAUAGUCAAGUUGGAGGCGGUCAAGAAUCGGUUGAGUCAUCUUAGUGAAGCGCUACAGGACUUUUUGCAGUUACCCGAGUUUGGACACUGGCCGAAUGCCCUCACGCAGUUCAAUAUCCUCGUAGCUCGCUUUGAGAGUCUGUUGGGAGACUUACGGAGCAGAAAGGAGUGGUUGAGGACCACCAUAGUUGCCCCGAGCUCGAUCAUUCCAGAGGUGCCGGAGUGGACGCCGAAUGUCCUACUCCGGACGACUGUUGAACCGCAAAUCACAGAGGAGGAGCAAAAGAUCCUUGAUGAGUCAUCUCGGAUCUCUGUGAACUAUUUAGACCAAGAAGCCGUGGAAGCAGCCAAGCAAACGCUUCUGGACCGGAUGGAAAGGCACGACAUUCUCAUCCGAGAGUUUUUGGAAGAUACACGAAGUCGAGAAUAUGAUAAACAGCUGAAGACUAGGCUGCCGGUAAGCCAGGAUCAAGUGAACCCGUUCGAUGAGGCAGGGCAGGAGAACAAGCGAGAUCUGGAGAGGGUGUUGAUGUGGAUGGCCAGUGGACCAGAGAGCUGGGAAGAGAAGCGGAGAAUGACGUACGGCGGUAGUGCUCCUUGAUCUUGGAUGUCGUACCCACGUUGUACAUAUGUACACACACAAUGCCAAUUUUCAAACCACCCAAAAUGAGGCGAUGAGAGUCUGGCUAGCCAUUUGA